AUGGAGAUGCGGAGUGCGCCAUCCACGGCGCGGAUGGGCGCGUCCACCCGCACUCCGAACUCUGCGCCGUGCCUCUCUUUCGUGGAGCCCAGACAUGCACGUCAAGGCACGGCCUGGCCGCGGUUAGCGCCUGUCGCUGUAGCCUUUAGCCUGGCUGUGGAUGGCCGCCUGCGGUCCAGGGCCCGGUGUGCCAGACGGGCCUUGGAGCCCGGCAACUCACCGGAGGACCGGAUCCGAAAUUUUUCGAUCAUCGCGCACAUCGACCACGGCAAGUCUACCUUAGCUGACCGCCUGCUGGAGAUCACCGGGACCGUCACCAAGGAAGACAUGAAACAGCAGUUGUUAGACAGCAUGGAUAUUGAGAGGGAAAGGGGUAUCACCAUCAAGCUGAACACGGCUCGGAUGAACGUGGAGGAGGAUGGCAAGGAUUACGUAUUGAAUCUCAUCGAUACGCCUGGACACGUGGACUUCACCUACGAGGUCAGUCGUUCACUGGCGGCCUGCGAGGGGGCACUGCUCGUGGUGGAUGCCACGCAGGGUGUCCAGGCCCAAACCCUUGCCAAUGUGACUUUAGCCAUGGAGGCGGACUUGGAGAUCGUACCUGUCCUGAACAAGUGCGACUUGCCAAGUGCCGAUCCCGAUCGGGUCUGCCAAGAGAUCGAGGACGUGGUAGGAAUCGACUGCAGCAAUGCUCUGCAGUGCUCUGCAAAGACUGGGGAGGGGGUUCCUGCGAUCAUCAAAAGCAUCAUCGACGCCGUGCCAGCACCGACGAAGUCUGAAGAUCAGAAGAUGCGACUCCUUGUUUUCGACAGCUUCUAUGACAACUACCGGGGCGUCAUCGCAAUGUUCCGCGUGGUGGAUGGGAGCAUUUCCAAAGGACAGAAGAUCCGGUUCAAGAAUUCCGGAAAGGAGUUCCUUGUAGAGGAGAUUGGCAUUAUGAUUGGGGGUGCUCGGCGGCCUGUUCAGAAGCUGGCUGUGGGCGAGGUCGGCUACGUCUGCGCCAACAUCAAGACGGUCGGUGACGCUCGUGUGGGUGAUACCAUCAUUGAGGCCGGUACUGAAGACGAAGUGGAGGCCCUGCCCGGCUACACCGAGGCUACGCCGAUGGUCUUCUGUGGCCUGUUUCCUUCGGAGUCGGGAGACUUUGAUGCCAUGAGGAGUGCCUUCGAGAAGCUCAGUUUGAAUGACGCAGCACUCUUCUUCCAGCCGGAGAACUCGGUUGCUUUGGGCCUCGGCUUUCGCUGUGGAUUCCUCGGCGUCCUGCACAUGGAGGUCGUUAAGGAGCGUCUCGAACGAGAGUACGACCUCGACCUCAUCGUGACUGCCCCGUCGGUAGAGUACCAGCUGCUGAUGAAGGACGGAACAGAGACCACGAUUCAGUUUGCCAACAUGCUGCCGCCUCCAAUUGACAUUGCAGAGAUCCGUGAGCCGUACUGCCUGCUUGAGAUGAUCGUCCCAGAAGAACACAUGGGACCCUGCAUGGAGCUGGCAGUUCAGCGCCGUGGAAUCUACAGGACCACCAGCUUUCUCACUCAAGGUCGAGCCUUGUUGGAGUACGAGAUGCCCAUGGCAGAGAUGAUCCGCGACUUCUUCGCUGAGCUGAAGAGCCGCUCCCGUGGCUACGCUUCCAUGGACUACCGCAUCAUCGACUUCAGGGCCAACGACUUGGUGAAGCUUGAGGUGGACAUCAACAAAACCACGGCCAAUCCGUUGGCCCAGAUCGUGCAUCGCUCCAGGGUCACCGAGUUUGCCAAGAAGAUCACGAAGAUCUUGAGGGAUGAGAUCCCUGCACAGCAGAUCAAGGUCAUCAUCCAGGCACGCAUCGGUACCCAUAUCGUUUCCUCGGCGAACAUCAAGGCUGUGCGGAAGGAUGUCUUGGCGAAGUGCUACGGCGGCGACAUCACCCGCAAGAAGAAGCUGCUGCAGAAGCAAGCAGCGGGCAAAAAGAGAAUGCAGGCCAUUGGCAAGGUCAAUGUGCCUUCAGAAGCGAUUUUGGCAGUCAUCAAGCAGACCUGA